AUGACCAGCCCGACUCCAGGAACCUCCACAGGAGCCCAGGAUGGCUGGCUUAGUCGCCAGUCGCCAGCUCCCAUCCGGGGCACAAUCCUCGCCAAACCCAUGCCCACACCCAAACACGUCACGGCCAGCCUAGAGUUGGCCCAGCCGCCGGCGGUCUCGCGGGGAAUCUGCAGUCGCAUCGCUCAGUGGCUGUGGCCGGAUGGGUGGGGCCAUUCAGGCGAACCACCCAGCCUUUUCGCUGGAACCAGAUCCCAGCAAUCAGCGUCGCGCCCGCCGCUACACAUCCAGUCCUACGCCAGCGCCUCGCUUGACUGCAUGGCCUGUCGCGAAUGGAAUGUGGCCUGCGACCAUUCCAGACCGCAGUGUGAACACUGCUACCAACAGCAGAUCCUGUGCUUCUAUGUCAGUCCCAAGCAGAUGCCCAAGCGCAAGGCGAGACGCGUGGAACCAGCCACCGGCGAUGUGGCGACGGUCUCGGAGCAGCGCGCACACCUUCCUGACGCGCCAGCAACAGUGACAGUUUAA